UCGUGAGAGCACCCACGUGCUUCUUCCCCUACUAACACUACUUCGGUUUUGGAAGAGCAUCAUCAUACUCAGAAACUGUUUUCACUUGAGUCUCUCCACUGGACUUACGUCUUGGACUAAAACCGACUUGCGUUCACCAAAGAUUAAAUAUCAGUUGGAUAUAGUAAACUGGUGUUGUGUCCAAGAACUGAAAUUUGGAUUUCAAUUUUGCUGGAAAGAUGAGGUGUGCUGGGGUUGUGGAGUUCUCUAACAGGACACUGUGGACUCUGAUUGUCAUGUUCAUAUGUUACUGCACUGUUGAUGCCAAACGUGCCGAGUACCCCUGUCCAGGAACGGAUGCCAUACGCUGGGUAAGAGAUCCUAACGAUUGCUCUAUCUACUACAUUUGUCACUACGGGCAGCCAUUAGGCAUGCCUAGAUGUCCUAUUGGUCAAAUUUGGGGUAAUACUGCUAAAAACUGCGUUCCGGAGGGUUCUCGAUGGGACGACUGCAAUGGCCCGAAAUACCAACCAGCGCCAAAGAAAUCUGAUACAAUAGUGAUACGUACUCAGCCAACUGAUGUGACAACCAAGGAAUCGAAAUCCGUUACAAUGCGUGCUAAAACCACAGAAAGUUAUGUAACUCAGUAUAACAUUCCUGAUAUGCCCAAGAAGACCAACAAACACGUGACACCCGGUUAUACCGUGACAGGAGCCGUACAAUUUACUGUUACCAUGCCGACGAUCACUAAGAAACCCGAAAGGGCUACAAAACGUCCCAGAAAAACAUCCCCAUUUACCCCAAGUCCUAUUAGAAGACGCUUCAAGCCAACAUCUACGCCAAAGCUGUUUACAACGAAAUCAAACACAAGAAGACCAAAUAAACCAAGAAGCAGAGGAUCACCAUUCACACCCAGACCAACAACCCCCAGAAUGAUUCUAUAUACCACUAACGCUCCAUUACCAACAAGGAAAAUCGUUCGCCCUAGGGGAAGAACAAUGAAACCGCAGCGACCCCGAUCGACCCGACGAUGGUACAGACCAACGACUGCCCGUUCACUGAGACCCACAACUCCACCUACAACACCAAGGAUGACAACGACGAAGAGAACUACCAUCACCCACCCUCCUACUAAACGUACCCCAUUUACUCCAUGGCCGACCAGGAAAUCCCCACGUAGACGCUACACUACAAUAGCCAGAACUCCGACAACACUACCAACCGUGAAAAACACACGUGCAUGGCUCAGAACCACCCCAAAACAAGGAGACAAACACAAAGCAAGCAAACUGGAGAAGCUGUUAAAAGGACACCCCUGCAGAACAAACCACGGCAAGCUGAUUCCCCACCCCAAGAACUGCCACUGGUACUUCAACUGCACGGAGACAGCUCUCAUCCCUAAAUGGAGGCAUGGUGAACCCUUUGUUGCCGAAUGUCGUUACCCACAACUCUUUGACGUCAAUAUCAACAGAUGUAGAGAAUUCAUCAAUGUCGGGUGCGGAUACAAGUUCGAGCCUGUCGAUCCAUGCGAGUAUCGCUCCAACCAAUGUGACCGAGUCAACUGUAUACCCUGUGAUCAGCGGUAUGGAAAGUGCAGAGGCAGGCCAAGUGGUAUCUACCCUUUCCACACUAAACGUUGGACCCCCACUUUUGUCACAUGUUACGACCAAAGGAACAUUGCUCAGGACGACUGUCAAGUGCCUACUCCGAUCUUCUCCCCAGAGGUACACGACUGUGUGUCCCUCUUUGAAGUACCCAAAGGCAACGGUGGACUUCGUCCAGACUGCAGCUUCAGAGAUGAUGGUUAUUAUCCAGAUGAGCAAGGCAGAUGUGGAAUCUUCUUUGAAUGUAGAGACGGAGAAUUUGAGGGCUACGAUGAAUGUCCUGCUGGGAAGGUCUUCGAUCCAGUGAGUCUAAAAUGCCAAUCGUUGGAAAUUGCUGCACCUCCUUGUGGAACAGGUCAACAACCACAAUGUUAUGACCGAGAUGAUGGCUUUCAUGCUGACCCCUUUGGUAGAUGUACGUACUACUUUGAAUGCAGAAGGAAGAAAUUCAUCAGAUACAGAACAUGUGAUUUUGGUUCCUUUGACCCCAUCCGACAGGAGUGCAUCAUUCCAAAUGAGCUUGUACCCAGACCAUGUGGACUCCUUCCUAAUCCUUGCGAGACAAAGUCGUCAGGGUUCUUCCCUGAUGCCAACACAGGUUGCAAGAGCUAUAUUGAAUGCAGCAGGGGAAUUCUUAUCAGGAAUGGCACCUGUCCUGCCGAUCAAGUGUUCAGUAGCGUAAGUGGUAAAUGUGAUAGGCAGGAAAACGCAGCAGAGCCUUGUGGACUCACACCAUCCUGUACAAACAAAAAAGAUGGGAAAUAUUCUGCAUUGCUGAAAGGAUGCAGUUUCUACUAUGAGUGUUCCAAUAGGAAAUUCAUGGGAUUCAAGCAGUGCUCCUAUUCUCAAGGAGGGUUCUUCUUCAAUGAGAAGACGGGCAAAUGUGACUUCCCGCAGAAUAUCUGUCCACCAUGUGGUUAUAAGUGGUGGGGCUGUUCCCGGGCAAACUCUUUCCGGUAACAGUGCCGCCAUCUUGGAUGUCAUCCCUGUGAGAAUGUGAUAUGUGCGACUGCGUGAACGUGAUCGUCUCCUCUAUAUAAAUGCCAGAAUAUAUGGACGAUAAAACUUAUACAUAUAUUCUGCCUUAAUAAUCAAUAAGGCCUUCCCUCUCAGAAUGAUCAAUAUGUAAAUGGUCGAUUGCAUUGUUUUGUGUUUCAAGAAAUACUAUUUUAUGAGCUAUUAAUUAAAUAGGAACUACCAAAAAUACGUUGCCUUACUUACAUUUGAGUACUUGAUCAGUCACCGAGGUGUAGGUACUAAAGUGGAAGGUGUACAAAAUAUGAUUAUUUAGAGUAAAAUAUAAAAUAUUCAAACCUGUACAAUGCUACCAAAGAGACAUAUUACAGAGAGCAGGGAAGGUCCUUAUGUGUAUCAUAUGAUUAACUUAAUGUGCUGUAUAUAUGACAUAUGUACAUAUGUAAAAAUCAGUUGUAUGUUCUAUAUUUUUUCAGUCCAAUCCUACGAUCUCCAAUGAAAUGGAUUGAAGUGUACAAAGUAUACAUAUAUAUAUAUAUAUCUUCCAACACGUAAUCAAAAUAAAUUUUAUAAUAU